UUCGUGGAUGAAAUCGCAUUCAUAAAAACCAUCGAAAGCAAAUGGCAGAACUUGCGAUUGUACGUGUAUCUCUCAAAUUAGCUUGGUCUUUGAUUGCAAAUCGAGCGAUCAAGAGUUUAGAGCACGGAGAUGUAGCGGACGAAAAGCUACGACAACUUUUGUUAAGUGAGUUCAGAAAGAUGCAUGAAGAACUGAAUGCUUUGCGCAGGAAAGAACUUGUUGCCGCAGUUGCUUUCAUGGAAAAUGGCUAUCAGUUAUUAAAAGAUGAUUGUAAUGAAGCAAAGAAAGAGUUCAACAAGGCAAGAGACUCUGCACAAGUUGCUCUUGGUGUCGUCGAAGAUGUGCAGGACAAAAUUCUUGCAACGAAAAUAAUGGUUACUUCCUCCUUGCACGAGUUCGAGGACAAGCCUGAUGUCGCAAUCUCUUUGUGUAUGAAGUACAUGUCACGUUUGAACACUAUCCCUGAAGUUCAAAAAGCCGCUCAGGUAGCACUAGGGCAGAAAUUUGCCAGCAAACUGCGAGCUUUUACUGGGACUACAAACCGGCAAAAUUUUCUUGGCAGUGUUUCUGAGGUGAAUCGAUGUGUGUGGGAGUUUGUGCAGCAUGAACUAGGUGACAAGGCACGAGAACAAGAAUGGCCUUUGAUUUCUUUAGGGUCACAUGAUGUCGAUCCACUUACAAGUUUUCUUCUUCUUCGACGAGAGUCUUCCGACCCGAUAUACCUUCCAUCAAACAUCAGAACACCAGUGUUUAUGGUCACAGCCAAUAAGAAGCUCUUCUUAGCUGAUUCACGUGCUGAUCGAUCAGAUGAUCCACUAUUUUCCAACUGCUUGAAAGUGUUGGACUUGGAGACAGGUGAAGUGUCCAGUUUAGCUGGACACRCAGCAAUGAUCUUGUCAAUCACAAAGCUGACAGGUGACACCCAUGUCAUCACUGGGUCAAUGGAUAAGCAGCUUAUUGUCUGGGACACACAGACAUUAAAGUGCCACAAAAUUCUCUCUGGUCACAGUGGAUCUAUAAGGGCUAUUGUGUCAAACAAUAGUUUUAUAUUUUCKGGCUCCACAGACAGUGUGAUAAAUGUCUGGAGMUGCGACACUUUUGAAUUGUCACACACUCUCACUAGUCACAAAGGUCCUAUCAGCCUACUAGCAGUAUCCAAUAGGCAUCUCUUUUCAUAUGCCAUAGGAGAGGGAAUAAAAUACUGGGAUUUGAAGAAAUGGGAAUGCAUACAUGAUAUUGCAGCACCAGCAAGCAUUGGUGGCAUGCACAUUGUYGGCAAUAGUCUUKUUGUGCAUUCCUGCAAURAGUURCAGYUAAUUAAUCUUGGAAAUCUAAAGGAAUCUGCUAAACUGGCGCCAGUAGGAAAGUCUUCUAUUGUAGCCGGCAAAAAUGUGCUGUGUAUUCAAGGCUCAGUGUUGAAGUCAUGGGACAUCACUCUUCUAAAGAUGACWGGCUCUGUUGAUCUCAAUAAGACAAACARGUCKUAUUCCAUYAAUWGCAGUUGCUAUGAUAGCAUGUCUGGAAGGUUAUAUGUGGCUUGCAUUGAGUCUGGAUAUAGUCAACAAAAUGUUAUAAUUUCAUUUUAAGUUUGAGUGACAGGGUUCUGGUGACAGAGAACUUAAUGAGGGGUAUAGAAUGGUGUCUCAGAAAUCUUGAGGCUUGCCAUAAAUUGCCAAAGGCUCGCAAGCUUUGCGCUUAAAAGAAAGGGGCUCGGAUUUAGAAUUGAUUUUGGCUCAGAAGCUCAAAACUGCCAAAAUAUUGGACUCCUUCAGCCAAAGGCUCAGGCUCAGAUUUUAAAAUGAGGGGCUCGCAGAGGCUCGGAUUUUACCAUUCAAUACACCUUUAAUGGUCAUAAAAAAAAUAGACAAUAUCCGAGAUGCGUGGGCACAAAAAUAAUGCUGGCAUUCAUAUAAAUAAUAUUUUUGGGCAUCGUUUCAAAGUUCCGUUCAUUUUUCACCAGAUUACGAUGGAAAUUGUCUAUUGCAAUCAAAUCGUUCUAAUCAAUUAAUCAAUCAUUUAAUCACUGAUAAUCAAUAAUCAAUGAAUUAUUAUUUAGUUAGCCAAACAAUAUUUUUUUAAUCAACAUGACAAAUAU